GCCCUCUAGGCCUUGCUUUAGUCAAAAAAUGACACAUGAGGGUGUCGUCCGGUGAAAAUUAUAAUUUAAAAAUUAUUAAAAUUAAAUAAAACUAUUGCAUAAAUGAUAUGAGUUUAUAGAGCGUCGUACUAAUAACAGUGUUAUAUAUUAUUACGGAAAGCAAACAUUGAAAAUGGCCAUUUACUAUAGGAAAUUGAUGGACACAUUUUGGAGUGAAUACAUUUGGUUACCCCCAAACACAACGUGGGCUGAUAUAGACCCCGAUGUUGAUACAGCAGGAGUGCAACAUGCAGAUUAUAGACAUUUAUUUUAUCCUUUACCGAUGGCCUUAGUUAUGUUGUUAUUAAGAUAUUUAUUUGAAAAGUUUUGGUUUGCCCCUGUGGCUCUAUCCUUAGGAAUCAAAAAUACCAGACCAAAGCAUGCACCAGAAAAUCAAGUUCUAGAAAAGGCAUACACUCUAUCAAAAAGAUGGAAACAUAAACAGAUUCAGGGCUUGGCCAAACAGUUAGAUAUGUCAGAGAGACAAGUUGAAAGGUGGCUGAGGUUGAGAAAAGGCCAGAACAAACCUUCAACACUCAUCAAGUUUUGUGAGAAUUCAUGGAGAUGUUUAUACUAUGUGUUCAGCUUUAUAUAUGGCAUCACAAUACUAUGGAACAAACCAUGGUUGUGGAACAUCAAUGAAUGUUGGACCGGCUUUCCUCAUCAGUCAGUCACCGAGGACGUCUGGUGGUACUACAUGAUAUCGAUGUCGUUCUACUGGUCGCUGUGCGUCAGCCAGUUCUUCGACGUGAAGCGCAAAGACUUCUGGCAGAUGUUCAUCCACCACAUAGCCACUAUCGUGCUGAUGUGCCUAUCGUGGGUCGUGAACGUGUUCCGCGUAGGUACUUUGGUGCUGCUCGUGCACGAUUGCGCCGACAUUUUUUUGGAGGCAGCUAAAAUGGCCAAAUAUUCUGGAUAUCAAAAAGUCUGUGAUGUGAUUUUCGCUGUCUUCACUGUGCUGUGGAUAACUACUAGAUUAAUUAUUUUCCCGUUCUGGAUCAUCAGAAAUACGUGGAUCGAAGCGCCUACCUUGGUGCCCAUGUUCCCGGCCUACUAUAUUUUCAACAGCCUGCUCGUCCUCCUACUUGUCCUGCACUGUUUCUGGACGUACCUCAUCCUGAGAAUCGUCCACAAUUCGUUGAACGCCGGCCAAAUGGACGGCGACAUACGGUCUAGCAGCGACGACUACAGCGAAGACUCCAAGUCACAGUAAAGCAACUUCUCCAAAGAUAGGUUAUAAGGAUCCGGAAUACGUUUUUGUUCUUGUUAUUUCACCGAUUACAAUUUGAUUUUUUGUUUCAACAUUUGAUGUCAACUUUUCUGAACAUUUUUUUCUUUCACACAGUUUGAGCGUUUCGAAUGAUUGUCCACCAGAUCACGCUGGUGAGACGUGCAUUCAAGGUUGGUAGAACUGACAGGAAUACUUUAUCUUUUUGUUUCAGUUGGUUUCUUCCUACGUUUUCUUCUCUGUUAAUGUUAAAAUUGCGAGUAAGUUCCACAUUGUGAAAUGAAAAUUCAAGAUUGAUUAAGUCCAACCAUAACCAGAGCUCUUCCAUUUGGCCACAUCAUUAUUUCAGAUAGUUUUAAAAAAAUAUGCCUGUCAUCAGGGCUACGCAGCAAAGUUUCGGGAUUUUGUAGUUUUGGGUUUUCUUAAAUGAGAAAUUCGAAUUUGUAACUCAUUUCAUGAUUGCUCAUAUAGAAGGCGAUUAUGAGGACACUCUGUUACUUCGUUAAGUAAUAUCACAUCUUUGUCCAUUAAAUCAUGAUUUAAAUAAGUCAAGAUUCUGAAACCUUGUUCAAUUUUUCACAAAAAAUUAACUCGUCUUGCUCCAACGGUUUUUGUGUUAUUCGCUCUUGAAGAGGUUUGUGUUCACAUUUAAAAUUUUUAUUAUUUCAAAUUAUAAAGUUAACGAAAUAACAGUGGAAAAAAGGCAGUAAACGCCAAAGACAAACAGAAUUUCAAAGUAAAUGUUUGACCAAAGGUAUGGAGAAAUUUAAAAUAAAUGUUUUCCUUGAACUGGAACAGUUCUAUAUGGCGUAUUGGGCAGAAUCUUCAUAUUUUGGUGUUUACUUGCUGUAGUUCAGAGAUUGCCCAUUUUCAAUUAAUUACCAUGUAUAUCAUCCCUCCUACUGCAAUGUGCAGUAUGACAAUAAACAAAAACAGCGGACAUACAACAAACUCAUCAAGAUCUAGGAUGAAACAGUGAAACACUAACAAUAUGCCAAACAUAAUCAACGUUGAAAUGGCUGAUGGAGAAGUCAGCUUUGAUGAAAUCUACGAGUAUAAAUAUACAGUCUAGCAAGACUCUAAAACAGAUAUAAAUAAUUCGAUAAAAAAUAUGCAGUUCCGACGUUAAUAUACAGUGUGUCCCACUUACCAU